CUGAAAGGGGACACAGAGGAAGGGGGUUUGUGUAGAAGGGAAGGGAAGGAGGGGGUUGUUUCGGGGGAAGGUUGGAGAGAGAGAGAGAGAGAGAGAGAGAGAGAGACAGACAGACAGACAGACAGAGAGAGAGAGAGAGAGAAAGAGAGAGAGAGAGAGAGCGUGUGUUGCCGGUGCCUUGACAGUAGCAGCAGAGAACAGUAGAGGCAGGCUGCCGGAGAGCCAUCAGGGGAUUAUUCAGAGACCUGCUGCCGGAGAGGAGCACCACGCAGACAGUGAUUACCAGACGGCUGAGUGCAUGGUCUGAUGAGUACCUCGUCUGCCGGCUCAGAGAUGCAGACUCCCGCUCUCGGCCCCCAGUUCACAGCGGGGCCCCCGGGUAAGGUACCUGGCAGGAAGAGAGGACGGCCUCCGAUCCGUAAACUGGAGUUCCAGAGUCACUACGUUGAGCCCCUGUCGGCUCUCAAGGUCCCAAAGAAGAGAGGCAGGAAACCUGGCUUUAAGCUGAAGCCCAGGAUGGUGAUGUCCCCCCUAGCUAACUCUCCUCCCAGCAGCACACCAGGACCCGAGAUGGGCUCAAUCCCACAGGAUGCUGCUAUUGUCCCCCACUCUGCCACCCCACAGGUCAUAUCAGCCGAGACGUCGAUGCCCGAUGACUUCCUAUGUGACCCGCCAGUGGACUCCAAGCGCUACGCCGUAGACCCCAGCGACUCUGCCUUCAACCUCAUGACGUCGCAGUACCCACCAAAGCACUCCUAUGGGUACCGGGGCAGCAGCUGCUCGACCCCAAUGGGCUUGUGCAGACAAGCAUCGAGCCCAGGAAGCUUCCAAGAUGUAAACAGGAACGCUUACAGUCCCAUGCCAGACUCUGGAGAUUGCAAGCGUCCUGCUGGUAAGGACCCGUCCAGCUGGAAUGUUGAGGAGGUUGUUUGGUUCAUCAAAGACGCUGACCCCCAAGCCCUGGGACCCCACGCUGAUGCAUUCAGGAAACACGAGAUAGACGGAGACGCUCUGCUCUUGCUGAAAAGUGAGAUGAUGAUGAAGUACCUGGGACUGAAGCUGGGACCUGCACUUAAACUCUGUUACCACGUCGACAGGCUCAAACAGAGCCGGUUGUGAUCUGCUGCAGAGGAGCCAAACCCCUGAUCACCGUUCACCAAAACUGUAUCGCCGCUGAUUCUCUGAAACAUUUCCAGCCAUCAGCACUACGUCACAAAUGCCUUUUGGAUCCUGAUUUUGUUGACAAAUUGGACAUGUUGACUGUACAUAUUAAGACUAUUUGCAGCUGAAACAGUUACGUCAUUUUCACCAUUGUUUACGGGGUAUCUAAAUGGCUUUAGAUUGUAAAUGGGUUAACUCCACAAAGAUGGCAGCUACUGUCUAUUGGAACGUGACCUUUCCACUCUUCACUCCUUAUCACGGACACUGACCUCAGAGACGGGAGCUUAACAAACGUGUAUGACGCUUUACCUUCAUAUCAUAUUUAAACUUAAAGAAGUCUUUGUGUUAAGGCUGACAUUUUUAAAUAGUUUUGUUAGUUAGUUUUGUUGUAAAUUGAUAAUGUUGACCCAGGUAUCUUAGACACAGACUUUAACUUAUUACCGAACUCUUAAACUAGCAUUGAAACUAUUUGAGUUAUGUUGAAAUACUAAAACAUGAACAACUGCAUUAAAGACAAGGGAUAUAUAAAACAAUUGUAACAAAGGGAUUCGCUAACAUCCACUUUUGCGCACAACUUUUUUUUUUGUGCCACAAACCAGAGACUGAAAUGUACAGUGUUUUUAUUUUUUACCAUGUUCUCAUGAUUUGUACAUCCUGUCACACUAGUGCUUUGGGAGAAAAGCAACUUGUAGCAAACUCAUACAGUACAACUUGGUGCUCACUGAAACCGAUAGUGCCACGACAAACAAAACACUCAACAAUUUAAUCACUCUCCUCCUAAACUUCACAGCUAAGGCUGUGUGACUCCCAAACAGACUUGAUUUAAAUAUGAAUGCAUCCGAGUCAUGUUGAGCUCUGUCAAAUGAUGAUGCAGUAUUUCAUCUCUAAACUGUAACAAGUGACAACGCACCCAAUUAAAAUAUCUUGAGCAUUAAUAUUGACAUUGCCAUAUUGAAUUGUACAAACAACAGCUUGUGUAGACGUUAAUGAUCAAUCACAUGCAGUAGAGGACCAACUUGUACAACCUUUUGUUAAAUACAAUGUUCUUUUUCUAACUGUACAGAGGCCUACUUAUUACUCACUUUAAUCAACUGUGUUCUAUGUGUUUUGCUUACAUUUUUUAAUAUCUGUCUGCAAAACUUAUGUGAAUAUGUAUUUCAUAACUUUUUUUGAGCAUGAGGGAGCUUUAAGCAUUAAACCUCCAAUCUAACAACUUGAUUGAAGUUAUUUUUAGGAAAUGAGGCUAGUGUGUUGCACAGGAGCCAUUUCCCAAAAAACUCGAAACUUCCAAAUGUUUUCCAAAUAAUUUUUUAACAGACUUGUAACCCAAAUUAAAUUAAUUUCGACUC